AUAUUCUUUGCCUGAUGAACAGGAAAAUAUUUUGCGAUCUGUGAGAGUUUCCACUGCAGCAGAUUAUGUAGGGACAAACUUUAGUAAAAUAUGCUCAUCUGAUUCUGUAUCUGAAAACUCUAAAGCUAUCUUAAAGUCACAUUUUUUUCUGGAAUCUGGAAAGAACUUUAAAACCAAUAUUAUCCCUGAUACUAUUGACACAGAUAACACUGGAAAUAAGAUCUUGCCAUAUUUUGAAGAAACAAAAUAUGUGACAGGUUCUAAAUCCAUUCUCAUAACAGAGACCCUUCCUGAUUUUGCAUUUGACAAUGUAUAUACUCACAAGUCUGCUAUACCUACUAGUUCUUUUAAAGAUACCUCAAAUCUUUAUUCUUCUGCAUGUGAGACAAUAGAGGCUGUUGCCUUAGACAAAAUUAAUUCUCUUCCUAUUAAUUCUGAAGAAGAUAUUGUAAAAUUGUCAUCUGAAGAUAAAUUAAAUAGCUUAUCUUCUGAAUCAAUAUCGGAUGCCACUUAUUCACCCCCAUUAUUGGCUUCAGUUGCCUAUUACAUGGAUGCUAUGGAUUCUUCAAAGAUGGUGUUAGAAAUGCCUCUUGCUACCCAGCAGAGCAAAGAAAUGCAUACAAUUCCCUCAGGGCAGAUAAAUUCUAACUGCCUUGUGACUACUCCUUCAAAAAAUACUACUAGAAUGGAUAAACAAGAAAUUGCUGCUUUAUUUCCUAAAUCAAACAACCAGUUUUUUGAGGAACCGUUGAAAGAUGUUGAAACAGGAAAGCAACUACAAAUUAAAUCUCAAAACUUAACACUCUUGUUUAAAAAGGCUGAUGAAAUAGUAGAUGCAGUUCUUCAUUUAGCAAUAGAAGAAAUUAGAACAAAACAAACAGCUGGAAUCUGUCAAACUAAUGACACUAAGGAUAAUAUAUUAGGUCCUAGCUUUCAAAAAGAUCAGAAAACUAGAAAAAUGCUGUCAGGAUCAAAAGAAAUACAGUCAGGGAACUCUUCAUUAAAGCACUUUAAUGUGAGUCGUAUCUCAAAGUUUUCUGAACUUAAGGGGAAAGAUAAAUUUGACAACGAUACUCAGAAUGAAAAGAAACCAUUGAAUAUCACUGAUAAAAUUGACUUACCUAGUUCAGUAAUGGUAAAACCAAAAGAAAUUAUUGGCAGUGUUAUUAAAACAGCCAAACGAAAUCCAGCAAUUGUGCAGCAUGAGGAACAUUUAAGUAAGGAUUUUUCUCAAAAUACAAACAUUAUGUGUUAUGCUGAAGCAUCAGAGAUACCUAUCAUUGAUGUAGAAUUAACAACUAAGCUUCCCAAAUUAAUUGAAAAACCCUUAAACGUAAGUCCAGCAUUCCCAAUUGAAGAACAAAAGAUAACUGUUGAGGGUGUAACGAACUUCUCAGCUCCUUUGAACUUCAAAAAAAAGAGUAAAGAGGUUACUGGAGAAAUGGUACCGAAGAAUGUGUGUCCGCGCCAAACGAUUUGUGAAGAAUGUCAUGAUGACACAACUACAUUAAAAUCCAGUCCUGACAAAAUAAACAAUGGCAAAUACAUUAAAGAUGCUGAUUGUACAACAAAUAUGGCAACUGUUGGUGAUAUCACUAGUAACUGGACAUGUGAGAGUAAAACUGAUUAUUCCUUUAAUGUAAUAAAAGGAGAGACUGUUACAACUUAUAAGCAAUUGCCAUCAUGCUCAGUUUUAACAAGGAAUGUGCUACCCUUUAACUCAAACAAUAAUGUGUAUAGUAGCUUUUCUGAUAAAUAUAAUGAUGAACCUACAUCCUUAUAUUCACCUGGACAUAAUAUAGAGAAUGAUUUGGCUAAAAUUGAGAUAAGAGAAGGCAAAGCAACUGCCGUUGUAAGAGAGGAACCACAUGAAAAAUAUUAUGAAAUACAUAGUGAAUGGGGCAGGAGCAAAAUGAGAAACGAAUUUACCAUACCACAAGAUACUAGGCUCAGUGCCCUUUCUAGUAUAUCUGAACCAUCUCUGUUGAACAGCUCAUCGAAUAUUGGCUUUGUCCAUGGAGAAGCAGCAAACAAUGAGCCGUGUUUAACUACAGAUAAUGUACUUAAAGAUUAUUAUCUGGUUGUUGACAGUGAAAAUACAGAGAAAUGUUUUGCCUUUCCCACACCAGAACAGUGGGAACACAAUUCUUUUAUUUUGUAUAAAGAUACUCUUCAAGAUGAAAGCUAUUCCUUUUUAGGAGAAGAAAUAAUGCAUACCUUUCCCAAUCCUGAUUUAUCCUUGGGUAAUAAGCAUAAGAUGUAUGAAACAUCCAAAGAUGUAAUAAAUGAUGAAAGCAAGCAGUUGAAUAAAAUGCUAGAUGAUACUUGUUCAGAAUCUUUCAUGACUGUGGAAGCAAAGCGAUACAGGAUUUACCCCUUUUCUUUGUCUCCUAUAUAUGAAGAUGAUGGUUCCCAAGAGGACUUGCCUUCCACUGAUAUCUCACCAGGAAAUCAUCCUAGUGAAAAAAGAGAGAACCAAUCCUUAUCUGUCUUAUCACUUUUGCAAUCAGUAUCUGAACGGUUAAAGUCUAGUAAUCGGUAUAAUGGAGAUGAAGAAGACGAACUUUAUGAAAGAAGAAAUCAAGAGGAUGAAAAAGAAACCUUUGUUUCCAGUACCUGGCCAGACAAUAAAAACACUAAAUUCCCAGAAGACUUUCCUAGACAAUUUAUUUCUAAGGAAGCAUUUCAUUCAGAAGAGACCUCAUCUUUUAGUUCAACAUUUGCAGCUGAUUUUAUUAAAAAAUCUGAUUCUGACAUGGAGCCUUUUUUAAAGGAUAAGUAUUAUGAAAGUUUGCCUGGCUUAAAUUAUUUAGUUGAAAAAGGAACUACAUUUGGAAGCAUGGUAUUGCCAGUUGAUCCACAAUCUAAAUCUAAAAGAUUGCUGAAGUCAGUAACCUCUCAAAAGUGCCCUGUUGAUAGGGUCAGACUCAAGUGCAAUCCAAGACCAGGCAAAAUGGUUAUUUGUGAUUUUCAUGGGAACACAAAUAAACAAGAAAUUUAUCGUGAUGUGGUAGAUGCUACCAUCUGGGUGUUUUCAAAAGAAGCAUCAAUCAGAGUUGUUAGAGGAUGCUGGAUUCUGUAUGAGAAACCAACAUUUCAAGGUCAGAAAUAUGUUCUAGAAGAAGGAGAAAGGAUGCUGACUGACAUCUUGAAUCUUCACAGAGAGAAAGCUCAAGGAAAUUUCACAAUUGGUUCAAUCAGACAUAUAAUGAAGGACUGUAGUAUUCCUGAAAUUGAACUUUGUCCACACAAUAGUAAAGGUCAUUUUCCAGUCUGCAUUCAGGCUGGUAUAGCCAAUUUAAAUGAACUGGAAGUUGAAAAUCCUAUCCUUUCUGUGAAAGCAGGAGUAUGGCUUGCUUAUUCAGAUACUGAUUACAAAGGAGAAGAAAUGGUAUUAGAAGAAAAUCAAAGCCCAUGUAAAAUUUCAGCCACUGAUGUAAAAUCACUUCGACCAUUGAAAAUGGGUGGCCUGAAGGUGCAGAUGCCUAUGAAUACUAUGAUGAUAAUAUAUGAACGACCACACUUUGGAGGAUGGUGUAAAAAAAUUUCUGAAAAUACUGAUUGCAUUCCAAUACUUUUUGAAAAUGCUGAUGAUUUUCAGGGAAUUGGAUCAAUACGUAUCAUUGGUGGAAUAUGGGUCGCUUAUGACAGGGAACGAUAUAGAGGCCGGCAAUACUUGCUAGAGGAGGGAGAAUAUGAACAUUGGCAAUCAUGGGGUGGAGUCAGCAGUGUUCUGCUGUCUGUUAGAUUUUUGCAAGCUAAUUUUAUUGAAUCUGAAGUAACACUUUUCAAAACUGAUGAGGAAAACGGAAAAGUACUGGAUGUUGUAAAUCAAGAAAUUCCCGAUUUGGAAUUGGCAGGGUUUGGCCUAGUGACUAGAUCAGUUAAUGUGAAAAGUGGAGUGUGGAUGGCUUAUCAACAGAAGUACUUCUGUGGAGAACAAUAUAUAUUGGAGAAAGGAAAAUAUAAGUGUUUUUUUGACUGGGGUGGUUCUAGUGAAACUAUAAUGUCAAUCCGCCCCAUUAAAUUGGAACCAUUGGGAGAUCAUCAACCCAGACACUGGAUCAAAGCUUUUGAUAAUACACACUUCCAGGGAUCAUGUAUUGAUUUUACAAGAGAAGUUGCUGAUUUUACAUCAUUCAUGCCACACUCGUUUAAGGUUUUACGGGGAUGUUGGGUGCUCUAUUAUCAGGGAAAAACUACUGAUGGACAGUGUGUGCUAGAAGAAGACCUCUAUCCUGACCUUGCUUCCUGUGGCUGUUCAGCAACUAAAGUCAAGUCCCUUAAGCCUGUUGACCAUGUUUUUGCUGAGCCAUUGAUCAGCCUCUUUGCGCUGGAGAAUUGUGAAGGCAAAGAGCUGCACUUGCCAGAAGCUACCAGUUCAAUUCUGAAUAAGGAUUUUCACUUUCUUACUCAGUCAGUAUGGGUAAGAAGUGGCCUGUGGAUUGCAUAUGAAGGUUGCAAUUUCUUAGGAAAACAGUUUCUUCUUGAAUCAAGCAAGAUUUCAAACUGGACUCAGUUUAGUGGAUGGAAAGCAAUUGGCUCUCUUCGUCCCAUAAAGCAGCCAGCAGUGUAUUUCAGAAUAAAGAACAGAUCCCAAGAAAAGUAUUUGACAGUUGCUGGCAGUUUAAUGGAUGGGAGAGCUACAUCAGUAUGUUUGUUCCCACAAAAUGGCAAGAAUACUCAGAUCUGGCAUUACAGUUGUGGACUCAUCAAGUCCAAGGUCAAUGAUGCUUGCCUUGAUGUCAUUGGAGGCAGGGAUAUACCUGGGGCAAAAGUUGCACUGUGGGCAGAACAUGGGAAAGCAAGACAGAAAUGGACAUUCAAUAAGGAUGGAACCAUCACAUCCUAUCUCAGUGAUCAACUUGUUCUUGACAUCAAAGGAGGAGAUUACUAUGACAGGAACCACAUUAUUGUAAAUCAAGUUAACAUCAGUGAAUGUACACAGAAAUGGGACUUUGAAAUAUUAUGAGUGGAUCCUCCUAACAUUAAGCAAUUUGAAAUAUACAUUAAAAUGAAAGCACUGUUGAACAAACUACUGAAGACACACAGCACUGGUGUAUGUUAGAGAUCUGUCCAAGUCAGCCAACCAGGGAAUCCAAAACAGCUUAUUUAAUGUUAACCAAAUUACCUACUUUCAAUAGUAUUGUAAUUAUUGUAGGAUAAUUUAUGUCAAACUUUCUUGACAGGUUUUGAGUGUUUGCCAACCAAAACUGAAAAUGCAACUUUAUAGAGAUUAUGUCUUCACAGAACUGUAAUGCACUGAAAUAUUGUAAGUUUAUACUAUACUUUGGUAGAGUAACUCUACAUUGGUUAAAAGAAUGAAUAGAAUUACUUGUCAAUUCAGUCUGUAUUCCAAUGCAAUAGAUUCUAUAUAAUUCUAAUGAAAGCAGAGUUACAGGCACAUGUUAGAAACAACAAAGUAAAAGGCCAAAAACUUUAAGUGGUCUGUAAUUUAUCUUCUAUCAUUUAUUUUUAUGAAUAGCCAAAAUUGGCUAAGGAGUUGGUGAUGUGUGUUUAACUCUUUGCCUAGCAUUUUCCCAAAUUAAAUCAAAUUUACACAGGCAAAGCCCUUGUUUUCUUGGUGUGGAUUCAGGAAUUCUACAAAUUCUACACUGGAGCAAGAGAUGAUAUAACACCUACUCCCCCAGGACUGCUUCUUCUGGAAAAUUGAUGAAGGCCCUACAGUUGCUUUCAAACAAAAAAUAAAAAUAAGAAAAAGUUGGGAAAUAGAUGUCUCAUUUGAUGUAUAUCUGGUCCUGAUGGUUUUUCAUUUGACAAUUGUGACUGUUGCUUAAAUUUAUAGUCAUCUGAAUUGGUAAAUCUUUUCACUAAUAUCAUAAAGUUCUGUGUAACAGCAAGAAAUAUACCAGAUUGUUCAC